AUGUUCGCCAUCCUCGACAAUGAAUGGGACCUGGCAGACAUCACCGGAAUGGUACUCCGCAAAGUCAACUUCGCGGGCGACGGACCGCAAGUAACAACCACCACUCUUCUGCGUCUAGCCUGGACACAUCUCCCCCCGAGCCCAGAGUCCAGCGACAUCGAAACCGUCAUGCGCGGCAACGGCCAACAAACCCCCGAAGAAAAGUUCGGUGACGCGCCUAAGAACCCGGACACCGCAGCCCUGCACACGCCCUGGCGCGACAAGGCGUAUUACCUGUGGAACCACCUUUUCUGGGACGUGUCCAGGUUCAUGAAUAGCAUGUAUGGCGUGGGACAUCUGCACCCGCCGAACCAGGAUGUAUUUGGGCUGGAGUUUCCGCGCCCGCACGGAAACGAACUCAAUGAGAAUGUUCGCGUGUUCACGAAAAUCUGGGAAUGUAAUGUGCUUGUGUUGCCGGCGUUCCUGGCCCCGAGCGUUGUUGUCCGCGUGGAGACAUAUUCCCCCGGGGAGGAAGGUGGGGUUGUUCGCGAUGUGGUGAAGCUUCGGGGGAAGUUCGGGCCGGAGAAUCCGGCUGAGAUCUGGUAUAUGCGGAAAGGACUGGAGACGCGCUUCUAUAUUGAGGGGGACUGGGAAAGACCUUCUACCGGCCUGGCUGCGGCCAUGGUGUAUGGGAAAUUAUGCGACGACACGCAUGGCAACGAGCAAGAAUCAGAAGAGGAAUCAGAGGAAGAGGAAUCGGACUAA